CCUCCUCCUCCUCCUCCUCGGAGGCGCGCUGUGUCUAGUCUGCCCAGCAUGUGGUGUCAGCGGGACUCGUUUAACUCAUAAAGAGGAGCAGAAGGAGCGAAGAGAACCGGUUCCUGCGGGUCAUGUAACAGUAAAGAACCACCACACGUCCCGGGUUUCUCCUCCAGUGUUUUUACGCGCAGCGGAGAAAUGGAAGCGGUGCGCCCGGAGCGGAGCGCUCUGCCGCGGCUCGUCCUCCUGCUGCUGCUCGGCUUCUUCUCCGUGUCCACCUCCGCGACCUGGGACCUGGUUCUCUUGCACACCAACGACGUGCACGCCCGGAUAGAGGAGACCAGCAAGUACUCCGGGAAAUGCGGCGGAGGCGGCGGGUGUUUCGCCGGAGUGGCCCGGAGAGCCACGAUGAUCAAGAGGAUCCGCAGCGCCGAGAGCAACGUGCUGCUGCUGGACGCCGGAGACCAGUUCCAGGGGUCCGUCUGGUUCAACUACUACAAAGGAGCCGAAGCUGCACACUUCAUGAACAAACUGGGUUAUGAUGCCAUGGUUUUUGGAAAUCACGAGUUUGACAACGGAGUGGAGGGCCUCAUGAAGCCGUUCAUGCAGCACAUCAAGUGUCCCGUUCUCAGCGCCAACAUCAGACCGGAUGAAACUCUGGCGGCGACGUUCGGCAGCUCUUUCUUACCGUAUAAGAUCCUCACUGUCGGCGGGGAGAAGGUGGGCGUGGUGGGAUACACGUCGAGGGAAACCCCCCAUCUGUCCAAGCCUGGACCUCACCUGCGGUUCGAGGACGAGGUGAGCGCCCUCCAGCUGCAGGUGGACAAGCUGCAGACGCUGGGAGUCGAUAAGAUCGUCGCUCUCGGUCACUCCGGCUUCACCGUGGAUCAGGAGAUCGCCCGGAAGGUCCGCGGAGUCGACGUGGUCAUCGGCGGACACAGCAACACGUUCCUGUUCACGGGACCCCCCCCUUCCUCUGAGGUCCCUGCAGGUCUGUAUCCCUUCAUGGUGAGAUCAUCCGACGGGCGUCAGGUUCCCGUCGUUCAGGCCUACGCCUUUGGAAAGUAUCUGGGUUAUCUGAAGGUGACCUUUGACGACACUGGGAACGUCCUGACCUCUACAGGAAACCCCGUCCUGCUGGACAGCGGCGUCCCGCAGGAUCGAGAAGUUCUCGCCGACGUGGAGGAAUGGAAGAAGAAUCUGGCCAACUACUCGGCCCAGGUGUUGGGAAACACUCUGGUCUUCCUGAACGGGUCCGCUGAGGAGUGUCGAUUUAGGGAAUGCAACCUGGGAAACCUGAUCUGUGACGCCAUGAUCGACAGCAGCAUCGGGGACUCAGACGGUCUUCAGUGGAACCACGUCAGCGCCUGCAUCCUCAACGGAGGAGGCGUCCGCACAUCCAUCGACGAACGCACCAGAAACGGUUCGAUCACCAUGGAGGACCUGAUCGCCGUCCUACCUUUCGGAGGAACAUACGACCUGGUGCAGCUGAAGGGCUCCACGCUGUUCAAAGCCUUCGAACACUCCGUGAGACGAUACGGCCAGAGCACCGGAGAGUUCCUCCAAGUGUCCGGGUUUCACGUAGAGUUCGACUUCUCCAAACCGGCGGGCCAUCUGGUGAAGAGCCUCAGCGUCCUCUGCACACGGUGUCGGGUUCCUCGAUACGAACCGGUUCAGGAGGAGGCGGUUUACAAAGUGGUGCUGCCGUCCUACAUGGUGACGGGCGGAGACGGGUUCUCCAUAAUCGCCGAGGAGAUGCUCAAACACGACAGCGGGAAUUUGGACAUUUCAGUUGUGUCCAACUACAUCAUGCAGAAGAAGAAAGUGUAUCCAUCUGUUGAAGGACGCAUCAAGAUCUACAACUCAGCCUCCGGACGAAGCGCUCCACUGGUUCCACUGGUUCAACUGGUUCCACUGGGGCUGCUGUGGACCGUGUGUUGGAACAUGUAAAGAAGACUUUGACCCGGAAGAAGUUCUUUAACCAAACUGCACUUCAACGUGAACAACUAACAGGACUGAUGGAGGUUAUUCUAACGAGACGGAACAGCUCACUGCACACAAACGUGAUUUUGAUUUUCACUUUUAAAUCAAUUAUUUUAAAAACAAAGAAAGGUGAGCCCAACUCCAUGUCAGACAAGUUUGGACCAAACGACGAAAACCACAGCGACUGAUGCCGCGUUCACACCCAAUCAUGCAACACGAUUACAUACAAAGUCAUUACAAAGACUAAUUUGCGAAUUUGAGAAAUUCACGUGACACUGUCGCUCGAAAGCCUUUCAGCGAUGGAUCGAUUCUCCUCCUUCAUCUCUGACGUCCUGACGCUGUUGCAUCACAAAUGGAGGAUAAACAUCUUGUAUCCGUCUGUGUUCACCCAGAGCUCUACGAUACCUCAUAUUAGCACAGAGACCAGACUGUGUAUGAAUGUAUGAGUGUGAACCACAGACUGUCUAUGGAACAAACAAUAACCACGCUGACCUAUGUACGCCUAGAUGAUGGAGCAGCUACAAUGUUAGCUUAGCAUUGAUUGAUCCAGACUCCAUUCAGAAAACAACCAUCUUAACAGCUGUUAGCUUGUCAUCUUGUGGACAGACCUGACAAAGCAUGAAUUCAGACUUCUUACAAAUCAACAUCAUUAUAUAUUAUUUCAGCAUCUUUAGAAUGUUUGUUGAAGUUAAAUCAGAGAUGUGUUUAAUGGGUUCAUACAGCUGUAGGAAACCAGACGACACGUUUCUUCUUAGAUACAAUGAAUUAUUCUGCAGAUGAUGUUAUGAACCAGACAAGACGGCGUUUAGUUUCCCGGGAUAUCUUGGACUUCCUCAACAAGUACAGUAGUCGGUUAUUUCUUCCAUAAUUCCCUUUGUGUUUGGUGUGAACACUUCCAGCUGCUGCUCCUGUAACCAGCGUUAGAAAACAGACUGUUUUGAGUUGAGCAGGAAAAUCCUCACAUUUCUUUUUUCAGAAACAUUCAAGGUUUCAGAUUUGAUUCUGGCUUUAAAUCACACUCAGCUUGGGUGAGAUGCAAGCUCAGAAGUGAUGCACAUCUUUUAGCACGUACAAAAGUAUACAAGCGUACAUGAAGCUUUAUGUGUCUUCCUCUCAUUGUGACUGAACCUCAUCUCCAACAGAAGCAGCGUUCAACCGACUCUCUUCUGUCGGUAACAUCCGCUUUUACGUCACCGGAGCUCCUCGGAAUGGAGAGAACAAGAUCUCCCAAACAUGUGCUUGCUGCAUGUUAAUGUGGGGAACUCCUGAUUGGUCGGUUCACUGGCAGCAGCCUGCAGCCGAACAUCAGCUGCCAAACGCUGGAAAACAACCGUGUUAGGUCACCGUGGAGACCGGAACACGGAGGCCGGGUCACAUUCAGGACAAGAUUUAAUUCUUAGAUUCUUAUUAGUUCUGUUUGGUUUUUCAGUGAAAUGAAUUCCUCAGUUUAAGGAAAGUCUAGUCCUGAGAUUAAUCCAGUUUGAAGUUUUAUGUCUCACUUAAAUAAAUGUUUUUUUCUUUAAA